CAACAUCCGAGGACCUGACACAGGCUGCAGUCAAGGUCAUAGCCCAGGUGGACAACCUGUUAGCCGCGGACAACUCUCCAGUUGACCCCAGUGACGUACGUAAGCUCAUAGAGGUCAGCUCUGCUCAAUUUGGUGCCAAAACUGCAGUCUCGGCGAUUUUUGACGACGCCAUGACGGUGCAGGGAGAAAAGAUGGCGGCGGCGCUGAGGCUGUGGGACAGUCUGGUGGACACGGCCAGGGAACAACAAGCGGCCGGACAAUCCACCCGAGUGACACUGACGGCCAUCAAGGACACAGCCCGGGCCAUGCAGGCCAUCGUCACUGACACAGUGUCCUAUGUGACGGACAUCCUGAGACUGGCUGGGACAAACCAAGGAACCAGCAACAACAAGCGGGCACUCUCCAAGAGAGGCUGGAGUGUGGGAGUGGACGUAGGCUACGGGUCUCACUCCGGGGGUCGUGUGGGGGUCAGUGUCGGCUUCUCCUUCUGAUCUAUUCAACAACACACUCACAGUUGAUCUACUCAACGCACUGAUCCACUCAACAACACACUGAUCUACUCAACAACACACUGACAACACACUCACAGCUCAUCCACUCAACACACUGAUCCACUCAACAACACACUGAUCUACACAACACACUGACAACACACCCACAGCUCAUCCGCUCAACUCACUCACAGCUCAUCAAACCUGUCAUGAUGUUUUUGACACAAAUAUACGCAAUGAAAUCUGAGUGGAGGAAAAGAACCAUGUACUCUUCAUGAAUAAAAACAUCUUUUUUAAAA